AUGCAGAAGAGUACGCAUCAAGAGAGGGGCGCCGUAAUACAGUCAACGACGGGCACGGGGAAAUCUCUGGCAUUUUUACUACCAGCACUGUCGCAUAUUGAUAGGACUCAGCUGAAUACGCAGAUAUUAAUAGUGACGCCUACUCGUGAGCUAAGUGUACAGAUAUCGAAAGUCAUCCUGCCCCUUCUCAAAGGAGGCAGUGCAAAGUAUAAGACAUGCCCGAUCACCCUCUCACGGCUAACGGGAAUAGUGGACAAGGAUAUGAAGGAAUUUCUAAA